UGUGUUGAUAUGAUCAUCUGUUUGCGGCAAAAUCUGGCGGAAAUCGUGAUGCUAUCUCUAUUAGCUGGCGGGUGGUGGAUAGGUUCGACGACGACGCGGCAACGAGAUCCGAGCUUGCCGACUUCGGCUUCGACCUUUAUGGAAUCCGACGUCUCCAUCGUCGCGCUUCACUUCUGCUUCCCUUAAGUUCUGAUCUGUGGAUAUUCCCCCCUUCUCUGCUGUUUUCCGGACCGGAGCUCUCUUUUCCGGCGUUUCUUUCUGCGAAAGAUUCGAUUUUGAGGAUUCUUUGCGGUCUGGUGCAUAAGACCCGUGCUUUGGCUCUUCCACCGCGGAUUGGUGUUGUUAGGGAUCGGAAUCUCUUUUCCGGGUUCUCUUUCUGCUUUUGGUAUACGGACACCCGCGCUUUGGUCUCUUUCAUUGAGGAUUGAGGUUCGGAACUGGCGUGAUUGAGGGAUUUUUGGAUUGCGGCAGCUUUAAGGCAGUGGAAAAAGGGACAAAGUUUGGGUUUUAGAUACUCUUAAGGGUUUCUUGUGUGCGCCUGGUUUGCCUACUAUGGGUUCGUUCAAGCAUGAGAUUGAGAGGAAACAAAUGCUUACUCUUUUCCUUCUUCUUGGAUUGUUGGUUCCCACGGCAGUGAGUAAUGUGGUGCUGAUCGGAAAAAACGUGUCCUUGUCGUUUCCAGAUGUCGAGGCCAAUUUUGCUCCACCAGUAAAAAGAUCAGGUGAAUCUGGAGUAUUGUAUCUCGCAGAGCCGUUAGAGGGGUGCACUAAGUUAACAAAUGAAAUUUCUAAAGGUUUAGGUGCUCCAUUUGUGUUGAUCAGAAGAGGAGAAUGUUCUUUUGAAGCUAAAGUCAGGAACGCACAAUAUGCUGGUUUCAAAGCUGCUAUCAUAUUUGACAAUGAGGAUAGAGGAUCCCUGAUUUCAAAUAUUGCAGUGGCAGGAAAUUCAGUUGGCAUCCAUAUCCAUGCUGUGUUCAUUUCCAUGGCUUCUGGUGAAACAUUGCGGAAGUAUGUUGGCUAUGCUGGUUUGGAGUUGUGGAUCUUACCUACCAUUGACAGUUCGGCAUGGUCAAUUGUGGUCAUUUCAUUCAUAUCACUGCUAGCCAUUUCUGCUGUGCUUGCCAUGUGCUUUUUUGUCCGCAGAAAUGUUAUAAGGCAUGAACAGCAUCGACUUCCUAAUGUGCGUGAGUUUCACGGAAUGAGUAGUCAAUUAGUUAAAGCUAUGCCAAGUCUCAUAUUCACCUCAGCUGUUGAAGAUAAUUGCACCUCAACAACUUGCGCUAUUUGCCUAGAAGACUACUGUGUUGGGGAUAAACUUCGCGUGCUUCCAUGUCGGCAUAAGUUCCACGCGUUCUGCGUCGAUUCCUGGCUCACUACUUGGAGGACAUUCUGCCCUGUUUGCAAGCGAGAUGCUAUGGCAGGCGUAACUGAUCUUCCGGCUUCUGAGCGCACGCCAUUACUUUCUGGCACAACUCCGAGCACAAUUCCUGUAUCAUCAUUUCAUUCUCCUGUGGCAGCAUCUCCAGCCAUCCGUAUAUCGGCAAUGCCUCCCUGGUCACAUUCAAAUUCCAGACCUCAUUCCUUCGCGAGUCCUAACAGUUCGCGAACAAUGCCACUGCAUCUCCAGUCUAAUUCGAGUUUAACAUCAAGCAUUUCGCAUAUCCCUAACCUGCAUAGUUCCUACGGUCGCUCACCAUCAAUUUGUAUAAGUAGAAACUCUCUGGACCUUAGAAAUUCAUCGUCUCAUAGAUCUCGUUCGUACCUCGUAUCUCCUCAUUCCAUUUACUCACCUAUGAAUUCUAGACUUGGAUCCUCAUACAUGCCCGGCUCGAGUAAUGCAGCCUCCAGCUAUCUUGCGGCAUCGUCCAGUAGACAAUCUUACUUGAGACAUUGUCCUGAAUCAGAAGCAAGUUUAUCCGCUUUAGCCUCGACAAAUUCUUUACCGGGAUGCUGAUCUAUACAAUGGCUGCAGUUUUGAUGUAUAUUAUUCUUGGUUAUGAAAACCUUAGAUUUUUCUUGUUGAAUGACAGAGACAUGUUAUUCGAGUAUGUCUUGGUUAUUCGGGUUAUA